UGUAUUAUAAAAUAUUUACCUUCAUCUGUCAUUCCAAAAUCAAAUAUGACAAAGAAAACAUCCUUGAACCAGAAGGUAAAGUCUGAAAUUAAGGUAGUUUGUGUAAAGUCCAACACGCCAGACCAGAAUCUCAUUGUAUGAGAACAGUUCCAAAACAAAUGGGAAACAUUUUCAUCUGGGUUAUUACAGAAGGAGCACUCAGAAUUAAGUAAGUACUCAGAAUUAAUAUCUUGUUUGUACCUCCUAAGGAAGGAUUUUACUGGGGAAAAACCUGUGGAUUGACUUGAAAGUAACUUCUUUCACUUUAUUAGUAACCGGCUACAUUUUCAGAACAUUGAAGCGUCAUACAGCAGACUGACGUCAUUAACAUGCGCCGUCGCAUAAUUGCGUAGCACAGUGUAAAGUGAAGCACCGCACUUGUCUUUUCCGACGUCUUCAUUUAUUCUCCUUCACAUCUCCUCCCUUGACUUCAUGAUGUUUUCCAUCGCAGCCUGAAUCUAAAGUUUCUCUGGCAACCACGUAGUGUAUGAACCGGCAACUGCCCCAGUGCAUGCUGGUCAUUUCGUCAUAACCUGCUUCCGAAAACAUUUACAGCUUUUUGGCUUGACACAGGUAUCAUAUUAUAUUCUGGAAAGAUUGAUUAUUUAAAAAAAAAAAAAACAACCCUAGAUUAAAAUGCGUUUUAUAAAUGUCGUAGUGAGGCGAUAACAGGAGUUUAUGAAGAGCUGUUCAUCUCUAUUCGUUGUGCUUUAUUAAUAUACAAUUUAGCAAAAGAGCUAAAGGGGUUAGUUUACUUGUUUAAAUAAUCAGGUUGUUUUUGUUUUCUACUGAUGCCAUUUUGUCCUGUGCCGGUUAGUUUACAAAUAAAGUAGUCAAACCAAACUUGGACCGACAUAACACUGUCUGAAUACACCUGGAGGGGACACUUCUGUUUAAACUAACUGAUAUGUCAUAGAAAAGGCACUUUCAACAGGGUGCUGACCUUGUUGGGUUAAAAUGGAGGCAUGUGCGAGAUUUUUAUAUCGUGAGGGUCCACGGAUAGUUUCUACCAAAUGUUGGACUCGUGGAGUAUUGAAAGCCUCUGGAUCAGCCCUGGGCCAUCCUCUCUGUGCUCAUCAUUCAGCAGCUGGGUGGACAUGCAGACACCGCCAUCACAGCCACAGCAGACCUGUUCCUCCAGACACAACACGACGAACACGCACAGCCAGCCACAGCACUCUCCAUUGUCGUGGCAGUGUUACAGACUCUUCACAUACAGCUCUGUCCAGUGUGGCCCCUGUCUUUAUUGUGAUGAAAUUUGAUCCUGAAGGGAAUGUCACUUCAUUUGAGAAAAAGAAAACGGAGCUUUAUCAGGAACUUGGGUUGCAGGCAAGAGACCUGAGAUUCCAACAUCUCGCCAGCAUCACAUCACGAAAUAAUGCAAUCAUCAUUCGCAUGGAGUCCCUGAAAGCAGUAGUAACUCCAGAGUGCCUGCUGGUGUUGGAUUUCCGUGGGCUUGGUUUGGAGAAGUGGCUGGUUUUGGAGCUGGGGCCACAGUUAGCAGGAGAUGGAGCUCUGGCCACGUAUUCUCUACCCUUUGAGUUUAGAGCCUUAGAGGCCGUUCUACAGCACAGGAUCAGCACCCUCCAGGCGAGGCUAAAUGAGGUUCAACCUCAGAUUUUUGAUUGCCUCGAGUCAUUAGUAGAUCCCAAGCUUCUGUCUGCAGACCGCAGUAAACUACACAUGCUUCUCCUCAACAGUAAGAGUCUCUCUGAACUGGAGACUGAUAUUAAAGUGUUUAAGGAUAGCCUGCUGAAGAUUCUGGAUGAGGACGAGCUGAUCGAGGAACUAUGUCUCACCAAAUGGACUGACCCCCGUGUGUUUGAGGAGAGUAGUUUAGGCCUAGAUCAUGCUCAUGAGAUGGAACUACUCCUGGAGAACUAUUUCAUGCAGGCAGAAGAGCUGGGAAACAAAGCCCGAGAGCUGAAGGGGCUCAUUGACGACUCGGAGAGUGUCAUCUUCAUCAACCUGGACAGUCAUCGAAAUGUGAUGAUGCGCCUGAACCUCCAGCUCACCAUGGGAACCUUUUCACUUUCCUUAUUUGGUCUGAUAGGCGUGGCCUUUGGCAUGAAUCUGAUGUCUUCAUUUGAAGAGGAUCCACGUGCAUUCUGGUUAGUGACAGGAGUCAUGUUCCUUGGCAGUGGACUCAUCUGGAGACGACUGCUUUCUUUCCUGGGACGACACUUGGAGCCAAGUUCUCCUCCUCCAAUCCCACCUGUUUGGAAAAAAAGUCAACUCGGCACCUUAAAAGGCACAGAUGUAAAACCUGGAGUUAGAUGAUAAUGCGACUGUCCCUGUUGUUCCCUCUGUUUUGCUGUGUGCAGUAAAUCUGUUGUAAACUGA